GCAUUGAGCGCGGCAAGAGCCGGAGCCCGGAGCCCGGAGCCCGGAGCCCGGAGCCCGGAGUCCGGAGCGGCCCCCCCCCCCACUUUUCGCUUCUCCUCCCAGUCGGGCCCUCUUCCCCACUCUUCUCCUCGGGCGGGGGCGGUCCCCUGGAUGCCCUCCAGUGCCUGGAUGGAGGGAGCCCUUGUGAGAAUGGAGGCCGAUGUGCCCUGCUGUCCAAUGGGGAAGCUGCCUGCUUGUGCCGUCCAGGACUGAUGGGGGAUCGAUGCCAGUUUGAAGACCCAUGUCACCGGGGUCCCUGUGCCAAUGGGGGCACUUGUAAGAGCUCCCUGUUCCAGGGCACUGUCCAGUACUCAUGCAUCUGUCCCCGGGGACUCCGAGGACAGGACUGCUCCUUAAUUGAUCCCUGUGCUAACAACCCCUGUGCCAAUGGGGGUCGAUGCUCCAGCAACCACAAUCGUUACAACUGUACCUGCCCUCCUGGCUACCAGGGCCGCACCUGCCGCAGCGAUGUGGAUGAGUGCCGGGUGGGCACUGUGUGCCAGCAUGGGGGAACCUGCUUCAAUGUCCCCGGCUCCUUCCGUUGCCAGUGCCCGGUGGGCUAUGCUGGGCCCCUGUGUGAGAGUCCCUCAGCCCCUUGUGCCCCCUCCCAGUGCCGCAAUGGGGGCACCUGCCACCAGACCGGAGAGUUUACAUAUGACUGUGCCUGCCUACCUGGCUUUGAAGGGCAUGACUGUGAGGUGAAUGUGGACGACUGUCCAAGGCACCGAUGUCUGAAUGGAGCUACCUGUGUGGACGGUGUCAACACGUACAACUGCCAAUGCCCCCCAGAGUGGACAGGUCAGUUUUGCACAGAAGAUGUAGAUGAAUGCCAACUGCAGCCAAAUGCCUGUCACAAUGGGGGCACCUGCUUUAAUACCCACGGAGGGCAUAGCUGUGUCUGUGUCAAUGGCUGGACGGGUGAGAGCUGUAGCGAGAACAUCGAUGACUGUGCUACGGCCGUCUGCUUCCAUGGAGCGACGUGCCACGACCGGGUGGCUUCCUUCUAUUGUGCCUGUCCCAUGGGCAAGACCGGGCUCCUGUGCCACCUGGAUGAUGCUUGUGUCAGCAACCCAUGCCACGAAGAUGCCAUCUGUGACACGAACCCCGUGAAUGGGCGUGCCAUCUGCACUUGUCCCCCAGGCUUCACAGGGGGUGCCUGUGACCAGGACGUGGAUGAGUGCUCCAUUGGUGCCAACCCGUGCGAGCACUUUGGGAAAUGUGUGAACACACAGGGUUCUUUCCAGUGCCAGUGUGGGCGCGGGUACACAGGCCCACGGUGUGAGACAGACAUCAACGAGUGCCUCUCUGGACCCUGCCACAAUCAGGCCACUUGCCUCGACAGGAUUGGGCAGUUCACCUGCAUCUGUAUGGCAGGAUUCACAGGUACCUUUUGUGAGGUGGAUAUAAAUGAGUGUCAGAGCAGCCCCUGUGUGAAUGGUGGGCACUGCCGUGACCGGGUGAAUGGCUUCAGCUGCACUUGCCCCUCAGGCUUCAGUGGUACGAUGUGCCAACUGGAUGUAGAUGAGUGUGCCAGCACACCGUGCCACAACGGGGCCAAGUGUGUGGACCAGCCUGACGGAUAUGAAUGUCGCUGUGCUGAGGGCUUUGAGGGCCCGCUGUGUGAGAACAAUGUGGAUGACUGCUCCCCAGACCCCUGCCAUCAUGGGCACUGUGUGGAUGGCAUCGCCAGCUUCUCCUGCGCCUGUGCCCCCGGUUACACGGGCAGCCGUUGUGAAAGCCAGCUGGAUGAGUGCCACAGCCAGCCUUGUCAACAUGGAGCCAAGUGCCUUGACCUUGUCAAUAAGUACCUGUGUUACUGUCCCCCUGGCACCUCAGGAGUGAAUUGUGAAAUAAACCAUGAUGACUGUGCCAGCAACCCCUGCGACUAUGGGGUUUGCCAGGAUGGGAUCAACCGUUAUGACUGUAUCUGCCAGCCAGGCUUCACAGGACCCCUCUGCAACGUGGAAAUCAAUGAGUGUUCCUCCAACCCUUGUGGGGAAGGUGGCUCCUGUGUGGAUGGGGAGAACGGCUUCCGUUGUAUCUGCCCGCCUGGCUUUCUGCCCCCUUUGUGCCAUGCCCAGCGCCACCCCUGUGCCAGUAACCCCUGCACCCAUGGCACCUGCCAUGAUGAUCCGAGUGGGCAUCGUUGUGAGUGUGAGCAGGGCUGGACCGGCCCCAGUUGUGACCAGAACCAAAAUGAGUGUGAGUCCAACCCCUGCCAGGCAGGAGGCACCUGUACGGACUACGUCAAUGGCUUCCGCUGCACCUGCCCUGAUGGCCUCCAGGGCCCACACUGCGAGCUGGAUAUUGAUGAGUGUGAGGGGUCCAGGCCCUGUGGCCCCCAUGGCUUCUGCAUCAACUUUCAUGGGGGCUUCAGCUGCACCUGCGAUCCAGGCUAUAGUGGGGCCACUUGUGAGAGGGACAUCGAUGACUGUGACCCCA